AUGUAUGAGAAUAGAAAGGAACCAGAGAGUUUACGUGAUUUCUUAACCCAUUUACCAACAUAUGCUGAUAAUGAUUAUAGUGAAAUUGUGAGUUAUAUUGUAUGGAAGACUGUAAAAUUAUGUUUGACCACAGAUAAUGAUAAGAUUGAUUGGAGAACAAUUGUGAAUUUGUUGGAAUCUCAGAUAAGUCACGAUAGUUCAUAUAAGGAUGUUUUAGAAGGUAAGAAUUGGAAAGAUCUACAUAGACAAGAUAAUACUAAUAAUUUUCAUAAUGGAACCAUGUGUAAUCGACAGUGUUUACCAGCAGAGAUAAUAUAUUAUUGCUUCACUUGUACAAUAAAUCCAUUGUAUGGGAUAUGUGAUGCAUGUUUCGACCCUAAUGAACAUAUUGAUCAUGAGUAUUCUGCAAGUGUUAUCACCAGAAGUGAGGGAAGAUUGUGUCAUUGUGGAAACGAAUCGAUAUUUCAUAACCCAGAAUCAGCUUAUAAAUGUAAAAACAAAUUAAAUAAUAAGAAGAAUACUAGAUUUUCAAUGGCUAGUAGUGAUUACUUUGACCCAAUCAUGCAUGUAGUAUUUAAGGAUAUAAUCGAUUAUAUUAUUGACGUUAUAUUAAGUUCAAACGAAUUGAAAAAUACAUCAUUUACAGGAUAUCACCAUACAUUCCCAAGCGAACAUAGUUCACAGGGUAAUAAUAAGAGUAGUAAUAUCCCGCAUGAAUCAUCUUCAAAUACAGACUCUAUAUUCAAUGAAAUCCUGAUUGAAACUACAGAAAGUCAGAAUAUGGUAUAUGAAUCAUAUGCUUCAAAUAUGAAUAUAAAUGAAAUUUGGACAGUUCAACUGGAUAAUGAAGAUAAUCAAGUACAUAUUAUGGAUUUAGCAAGUAAAAUUUCAAAGGUACUAAAUAAAUCUAUUGGAUAUGGGAUAUCAAUUUGCAACACGUUAUUAGAAUAUAACUUCCCUGUAGUUUUAGCUCAGACCAGUGACUACGAUAAAAUUAAAGAAAUAUUCGAAAAGUUUAGGGAUGAAAAUAUUGUAGUCCAUAUUAGAAGGUUACAUGAUGUCUUUAAAGUUAAUCUUAUGGAAGAUUUAGUUCAUUUUUUGUAUUAUCUCUGCACUGACAUUAACGCGACAUAUGAAAUGAGAUAUACGUUACGAUCAUGCAUGAUGGACUCAUGGAAACCAAAGAUUGAACAUGCUGAAUUGGAAUAUAAUCAGCCAUUGAAAACGAAGAUUAAUUUGUUUGGAGGAUUUCUAUCACCUGGACCAUUUUCUUAUACUUCUUCGACAUCUCCAGUUUCUUCCCCAGACGAAAACAUCUCAAAAGAAUGGUUUAGCCCAUGGAAUUUUGAAGAUUGCGAAGAUGAUUAUUUGGUACAAAUUAUACAAAAUUAUAAUGCGGAUCUUUCCAUCGCUGUGUCAGAAUUAGCACAUUCAAACAUAUGUCUUUUCAGAGGAUCUCGUUUCCAAUACCUUGUAGCAGAAUGUUUUGAUAAUUUCUCCAGGGUAGCAUCUCUUCGUAUGACUAAGGUGUUCUGCACUUUAUUUUCAUUGACUGAUAAUGCAAGAAGAUAUCUCACAGCGCAAUACUUUGAUAUAUACCUUAACGUUGUAUAUAAAGCAGUUGCAUCUGACCCUGUCGGCAUAAAAUUAGCAUUUAUGAGUUUGAUGUCCCAAUAUACUUUUCAAGAUCCUGUCCUUUCUAAUUUGGCCAUUCAAUCAGGCUUUAUUGAAAGGACAUUAAAAUUUGCAUUCACAUUACUAGCAUUCAACUCAGAAGAUUUGGUAACAUUUCUACCAAUAUCAAUAUACAAUAAAUUCAAGCUUCCGAGUGAAACAAUAAAAAAUAGGAAGACUAUUAUAUGUCUAAAAGAUCUGUGCACUUUGGUUUCUGCUAAUACAAUACCCCGGGAGUUACUAGAGAGUAGUAGUAUAUUUAACUGUAUGUUAGACGCCAUUUUACAGUUUAGUAAUAUUUUACCAGUAAGAAGGGAAAUCUCAGAGCAUGUAGAAUUUGAGAAUUUUGACUUUUCCACAUAUUAUUUCUUCUUUUCAUCUUUGUUAAUAAUGGUUGAUAGCUACCUUCGUUGUAUAUCGAUGAUAUCAGACAAAGAAUUCCGCUAUAGCAUUAUUAAAAGAUUCAUGAAACUUACAAUAUCAAAUGGAUUUGAACUAUUAAGUACUUCUAGAAGGCUUAUUGACCACCAGGCUGCUUACGAAGAAGGCCAUGUUCCCAAAUUAUCAGCUGUAAAAGAGAAAGUGUGUAAUCAUGUUACUGAUGUUGUGAGAUUCCAGGUUGGGAUUGACUCUCAGAGUUUUCUAAACCCAACAUCAUACCUUUUUAAGUUUAUUCUUCAAUGGAGUCAAUGUGGGAGGUAUGAAUCUGUACCCAAGAGUAUAACUAACUAUGUUGAUUUCCAUAAAUUUCUUGACGAUGAAGUUCAGGCUUUAUACAUAUCAGAAGCGUCGUUGUCCACUUUAGUACUAGUUGGGCAAAUCAAUGUAGGAUUCUGGGUCAGAAACGGAACUCCCAUCACACAUCAAAAAAGGAUGUAUACAAAAUUUAAUAUGAGAGAGCUUACGUAUAUGAGUGAUGUUUUCAACGUUCAAUUUAGUAUGUGCAUGGCUAAUCCUGAUGAUUUCAUGGUUACAUUCUUAACUCGAUGGGGUCUCAAGAGCUGGUCUAAUGGAACUCCAAUGGGCGAUUAUCCUGACGAUGAAACUACAAUGGCAGUUGUUAAUGAAUGUCUCCUUUUAUUAAUUCAGUUGUUCACAGAAAUAAAGUCUUUGAUUGUGGUGUCAUCCGUGGACAAUUUUGAAAGGACAUUAAAAUCUGAAAUAAUUCAUGCGCUCGCAUUUAACCGUUGUACGUAUGCACAGAUUAUGGAUAAUAUACCAGAGCAUAUCACAAAGCAUUCUACCUUUGAUAAAUAUUUAGAGAAAUAUGCGCAGUUUACUCCCGCAACAGGCGGUGCUGAAUGUGGUUCAUUUUAUCUGAAAGAUGAGUAUAUACAAGACCUUGAUCCUUACUACUUAGGUGUAAGUUCAAGUAAAAGAUAUGAAAUUGAAAAGAGUGUUCGAAACUAUAUGAAAAAUAAAGAAAAGAAAGAUUUUGUUGAUACUUAUGUUCCUGUAAAAGAGGUUCAUGAUAUUUUAAAGGAUACUCCAUACUAUAAUCUAUACGCAAUAUCAUCAGUGAAUACUUUUGGAAUAUUCCUGAAAAGUACUUUGGAACAUAUUAAAAAAUGUCGGUACGAAAGCUUACUUCCACGUGUAGUACAUCUAAUACAUUUAUGUGUUGUGAAUAAUUUGAACGAUUUUAUGAAGGUAUUUUGGCAUGAAUAUGAGAUUAUUGAUACUGAGUUUUACCAUUUCCAUAGUAUUGGUUCCAUUUUGUACUCAUUAUUACUAGAUGAUAUAUUUUCCAAUGUCCAUGGUAAAAUAAGGGAAAUUUUUAGAGUUCUAUCAGAUAAAGCACCCCAUAUAGAUGUGAAUGGAUAUUUAUUAGAACAGACGCCUUCCUUCAACCGGGAAAUACUAAAAUCUUCUAAGGAAUCGAGGACUAGUAAAGAGGAAGAGUAUUUAAGGAAAAAGAAAUUAGCUCAAGCCAGAAGAGAUAAAAUUCUUCGAAAAUUUUCUAAGCAACAAAUGAAAUUUAUUGAAAAAAAUGUUGCAAUCAACACCUCGCUCAAUAAUUCAACAUCUAAUACACAAAAUUCAGGUUGUGAUAUAUCCAUUACACCUCUAUGCUGGGAAUACCCCGAUGAUUCUUGUGUAUUUUGCAAAAUGGAAAAAAAUGAUGAUUCGUUUGUAUAUUUCUCUUAUCAAGAAAAUAAUAUAUGUGAUUUUGGAAUUGACUUUUCUACUCCAAAGUAUAUGACUGAUAUGCUUCAGUGGGAACAAAAAUCAUGCAAUAAAAACGAUAGAGAUCUCAAGAUGAAAUAUAUUGAACAAGCUCCUGUACUUAGAAUAUGUGGCCACGGUUCACAUAUUAAAUGUUUAGGGAAUCAUAUGAAAAGUGCAGCAACAGUUCAUACACAAACUACCAAAAAUGUGCCCAAUUCCUAUGGAUUUGGUUUGAUAUACUGUCCUGUUUGUAAUUCGUUAAUGAACUCAUUUCUUCCAAAAAUAGUCAAAUUUAACAACAAGAGUCGAGAGUCGUUUUGGAAAAAUAUCGAUCAACAUUUCGAUGUUUUCAACUUACCAUCGGAAUUAAUGUUAACGUGCAGAAAGGCUUGCGAUAUUUUUGUUAAACUUGCUGGACAUGAUUCCACUAACAAUUCGUUUAGGAGCACAUAUGACAUUAUCAGUAAUUUAUUGGUAAACUCUAUUUCAAACUUAGAAUUGAGGCUACGAAAAUAUAUAAUACCUGGGAUGGAUGAAAAACAAUUGAUGAACAAAAUACCUAAUCAGUGCCUAGUAACAUUUAGAUUACUUUCUGAUCUACUAACUUUUACCAACAGUCAAAUAAAAGACGAUAUUCAUCCACUAAUAGAUUUUAUGGAGAAGAUACCUUUUUCAAAUAAUGGCACAUACAAUAAUAUUCUCUCGAUUUCUAAUACAAUUUUUGUUCCUAAUGAAACACUUUUAAAUCCAACUGAACAAAUUCUAGACCUCAUUUAUGCCAAAAUGGAGGAAGAUAUUAUUCUUCUUUGUAGAGGUAUGUUAAUGGUUGAUUUCUAUGAGUCAGUGAACGAUAUGGAGAUUCCGUGGAAUAAAGUUACUUUAGAUGCAAAGAAUGAGAACGAAUUAGAAGAUUAUAUCGUAUCAUCUACAGUCCUUGAGCAAUAUUUGAAAUUUUUCAAUUAUACGAUAUCUGAUGGAAGUUGGGAUAUAAACAAGGUUUCAAAGUGUUUUUAUCAUUUACUAAAAGGUACAACAACUGUGUUCCUAAGAAGGAUUAUCCUAUUAUUUCAUGUGCAUUAUUCAAUAGAUGAUGAAAAAAUAAAAAUUGAAAAUAAAUUGAGAGAUUUUGAAAGUGCAAUUCAUUAUUUAACUCAUGGUGAGCUUAAAACUUUUGGAGAACUACUUUCAAACUUUUUGAAAAAUUACGUCCCUUUAACAACUCUUAAUUAUGAUAACACACCUGAAGAGGAAAGAAUUGAAAUAUUUACAAAAUUAGAACGAAAACAUUUCCCUGCUAUUUCAUGUGGUCAUUUAAUCAAGUUACCACAUAAUUUAUCCAAAUUUUAUACUAAUGCAGAAUAUGAGGCAAAUAAAAUUGAAAAACUAUUAGGAGGUGAAUCUGUUUUAUGUUUGUUAUGUGGUUCGACGAUGUGUAUUCAAAAGCCGGUAUCGUUACAUGGUUACAAGAUUGGUGAAUGUACGAAUCAUUUACGUAAUGAAUGUGAAUCAGAUUCAAACUACGGGUUAUUCUUGAUGAUGAGAACAAAUAUGAUAUAUAUUGCUUACGGUGAUAGAGGAACAUUUUAUCAUUCGCCGUAUAUUAACAGAUAUGGGGAUACUGGUGAAGGUUUAAAAUAUGGAACUCCGGUGUUUCUAGAUGAUGAAAAAUAUGAGCAUUUAACUAAUGAAAUUUUUAUGGGGAACAUGAUCCCCCAUAUAGUGUUUAGAGCUACAGAUGGUAAUAGUGAUCAAGGUGGAUGGGAAACCUUAUAG